GCCUGUAAGCACGGUUUGUUAUAGGGUUCCAUAUUAAAAUGCGAUGCAGGAUGUUUUGGGCUGCAGGGAUCUUGGAUUGGGUUAUGAUCGCUCGUCGGGGCUCCGUGAUGCUGCUGCCGCUCCGCUGACUGACCGCUGCGCUGAGGUGCGGUGCGUCUCUCCGCUGUUGCUGCAGGGGGAGCAUCCGUCCACAGCCCGCAGUGCUGCGAUGUGCGGUCGCCUCAUUCGUCUCCAAUCCGGUCGUUUUUUCUUCUCCUGUCACCAUCAAAUCCCAUUUGCAAGACCGCUGAGGAACAAAUUCAUUAAGAGCUCCGUGAAGGAGGGAGGUGAAGCAGCUUAGCGCAGCGCGUCUCGACUGAGAUGGGGAAAGCGCUCACUAAUAUCUGUGACUGUCUUCAUGGUUUCUGGAGAUGCAGGUGCCUUCAGAGGUCGUCCUUUCAAUGACUGGAUAGAGGCACAGAGGUUUUAGGAUGCGCUCCCUGAGGAAGACAGUGUUGCUGGCCAUCCUUGUGUCCGUGGUGCUGGUGCUGGCUCUCCUCCACUCAUGGCCGACUCGGACCUACACCACAGUGGAUGUAUGGCAGCGACCGGGGCCUUCAGUAGAGAGACAUCUGGAGGAGAGACUCCCGGAACUAGACCACCGAUUAAGUAACAUCCCCUUUCAUGUGAGGGAUAGUGUGGCGAGCUUGCUUGCACGUAAUGGGUGCAUAUGUGAGGGAGAAAGUGGAGGAGUAAACCUGCCCUUCGCCCAACUGUUAUUCCCACGGGUGUCAGCUCACCCGCUGCACACUGCCUUUGAGGCCUCGGAGCUGGAGGAAAUGAAGAGGAGACGGGCCAAAGAGUACAAGAGCUUUCAGAAGAGGUCAAAGACGCCUGCAGACGUUCUCAUUAUUGCAGAGGCUAACAGUCCCUUACAGUAUCCAACACAGGGGGUGGAGGUACGACCCCUGAAAACAAUCAUCAUCCCAGGCUUGGCCUUACACGACCUUCCCAGAGACCAUUACUCAAUAAACAUCACUGCCACGCUGGGAACACUAAAUGUGGCAGCAGAGGUAGACGGGGUGAAAAUCAAAGGCGAUGGCGAAAUGCACAUGAGUCUUUCCAGCAGCCUGCUGCCAAACCUGAACCGACAGCUGCAGUUUGUCACCUACACAAACACACUGUUUCAUCCCAGCACUGCAGACACAGUGCAGUUUGAGACAGAAGGGCAUCAAGCCGUCUUCAGUGUCAAGAUCCGUCACGGUGUAACACCUAAACUGUACAACACUGGAUCCAAAGGAGACUACAACGUCAGCGCCCUUGUGACCAUAGCUACGAAGACCUUCCUGCGUUACGAUAAGCUUCAAGAUCUUAUCGACAGCGUCAGGAGAUACUAUCCCACCGUCACCAUAGUGAUCGCUGACGAUAGUGAAAACCCCAAAACCAUGUCCGGGCCUUACAUCGAACAUUACAUUAUGCCCUUUGGAAAGGGUUGGUUUGCUGGACGAAACCUGGCCGUCUCCCAGGUGACUACAAAGUACGUGCUGUGGGUGGAUGAUGACUUCAUCUUCACAGCCAACACUAAGCUGGAGAAGCUUGUGGAUGUUUUAGAAAAGACCACUCUGGAUCUGGUGGGCGGUGCAGUGCGGGAGGCCACUGGCUAUACUGCCACCUACAGACAGACCAUCUCCAUUGAGCCCGGAGAGGAGGAUGGCGACUGUUUACACAUGAGGAGAGGAUUUCAUCACGUCAUCCAAGGCUUUCCCAACUGCGUUGUAACCGACGGGGUCAUUAACUUCUUCUUAGCUCGAACCGACAAAGUCCAGCAGGUCGGCUUCGACCCUCGACUCGCCAGAGUAGCUCACCUGGAGUUUUUCAUCGAUGGCCUGGGGUCUCUCCAUGUGGGCUCUUGUGAUGAUGUCAUUGUCAAUCAUGCAACCAAAAUCCGACUUCCCUGGGUCAGCCAGUCAGAGAGCGACAAGACUUACGCCAAGUUCCGAUAUCCACCGGCCUCCUCUGACGCCACACACACAAAAAAUGGCCUCCUGUUCUUCAAGAACAGAUUUCAGUGUUUGACUCGUAAUUAGUUCGCCCCUCUGCUCUGUGUCCUGAAGGUUCCUCUGCUCUUCCUGAGUUGCCAAAGAAGUUCUCCUCCACCGCACCCCGUCAGAUAAGAUUUCAGACAAACACUUUGGUUUGCCUUUUCGUGGAAACCUUGAAACGGUUUUCAGGCUUCAGCCAGUAGAGCAGUUUUAGCAUGUUUUAUCUGUUGGUGCACAGCUCUGCAGUGAGCUAAAAGGUCCUUUUACACAGCAAACAUCCAGAAUAUAAAAGUUUAGGAUUUCUUCUGGAGCGAUAAAAUCAGCUGCAGUCAAAUCACAGUGUAAUCUUGAUUGAUUCAGGGUUAUAAAGGGAUCGUGUUUUGUCAAAUCUUAUCUGGCUUUUCGUCCUCAAGUCAGUCGAACACAGACAUCAAGCUUUGGGAAAACCCAACAGGUAGCAGUCUGUGUCACUUCAUUGUCAUCCCAUUUUGAUGUGGGUAGAGUUCCAUGUGUUGUCCUUCAAUUUGCACUAUCCAAAAACAGACUGAGCUUGGAAAAGUAACAGUGGCUUCCGAGAGCCUGAGAAUGAGGACUCUCUGCUCGCGAGGAUGAAGAGACACUUCUCAGAAAGUGACAGUUGUGUAGAUUCAGAGCCUAAGUGUCCAUCUCACCGAUGCCACAUGAAGAACGCAUUAAAAUCCUUUCAUGCGCGAUACCUAAGCUCUCUGACUUGACUGGUUGUGCCAAAGGUUUGGCUGCUGGCUUUGGGGUGUCUUUGUUUGUGUUAUGGUUUUUGCCUACCCAGAAUUCUUUGUGUCAUUUAAAUCACAUCUGAGGAGGAGAAAUUUUUGGUCCAUCUGGACUCACAUCCAGGUGAUCCGGGAGCAGCCUUGUUUUUUCCGUCUUCUGCUGUUUGUCACUCUCCGGCUGACAUCUUUAAGAGGAGCGUUUGUAUCUGUGCACGAUGACGAGUAAGUUGCAUCUUUUCAUGCUGCCUAGGAGAAAAGUUGGAUGAACCAAAGUGCAUGUUUGUUUUCCGUCAACAUAAACGAAGAACAGAGAAAAAACAGGCACAUUGUGACAGAAUUAGUGAGAGUUUGGUGAUGAAGUGAAACGAUCAGAGCAUGAGAGGGCGACUGAAAAGAUCAAUUUAUUCAGCUGAUGGCUCCUCUGUGGAGACUUACUGUAUGUUGAAGACUUACACACUCAAGCCUGAAGUGAUGAUGCUGUUUUUUAUACCAUGGCCUUUAGAUGACACCCUUGUAUCACUGUAUUGUUUCCUAAAUAAGUCAGAUACGUUUUUAAUAGUCAUUUGUUAUGAGCUACAAGGUGCCAGAGAUUUACCAACAAUUUUUCUUAUUUAAAAUCUCAAGAGGAAAUAUUUUAAAAGUAUUUUGGUGAUGUUUCAGUCUGUUUUUUUUUUUCUUUUGUUCACCAAAAUGCGAUGUUGGCUCUGUGACAGGAGCAAGAAACUAACAUCUGCAACACUGUUAUCGACAGCUUUUGUGUAGUUGUGUGUUCAAAAAUUCGUCUCAUCUUAGAAUUUGUAACUGUUGACGGAUCUAUAGCGAAGCUGAAGACUUUUUUUAACAGUGACAUUUAUUGUGUCAGCACAGAAAUAUAUCUUCUUGCCUGCUUCACCCAACAAACUCUGGUAUGAGUCGUUUGAUUGCAGUAUUAUGAACUCUUUUUUAUUUCAAAAGUUUUUAAAAUGUCUGUGAGGAAAGAAAAAAACUUGUCAGGGACAUAGCGUGAAAACACAAAGACACAGACUUACUCUACCUUCAAGUCAAGUAUCCUUCAAGACAAGUUUAAACAAUUAACUCUGAAACACUUAAUUAUAAACUGAAAAUGUGUUUCAGCCACAGUCAUGAACAUGAUUGGUUUUCUGUCUUUAAAAUAGUGCAAAGUUGACAUCUGUAUCAUAAAGUCUUGGGUUUAUAUGAUUAUGUACACCUUGAGGUCUUUAAUUCAAUUCUGUUGUUGUUGACAAGAUGUAGACGGUCUGUGGUGUGGUGCAUUGGUCUGGCAUAAACCAUGUCCAAGUUAUUUUUAUUCAAUUAUAAAUUAUUGUAGAUGAGAUGAGACAAGACAGGCUACGUUUGAACUAAUGCAGUUUAGUCAGAUGGUAAUUAAGAAACUUUCCGAAACUAGAAGAUUUUGCCUUUCAAAUGAAGACUCACACAUGCA